CCUACUCCAUUAUCAUAAUCCAAUUACCAAUAUGGUUUGCUCCAAAUCAAUCCCUCUUGGUUUCUUACUGUUCUGUCUUUUCCACCAUGUUGCCAUUGGUGCUUCCCCGCUUUACCAUUUCUGUUUCAGCAAACAGAACUACACUGCCAAUAGCCCAUACGAGGCCAACUUGAAUCAGUUGCUCGAUCUUCUAUACACCAAAGUCCCUCCUACUGGAUUUGGAUCUGGUUCAACAGGUCAAGACCCGAACCAAGUGAACGGGCUGGCGCUCUGCCGUGGUGAUGUUUCAAGCAACAAUUGCAAGACUUGUGUCGUCGACGCAAGCAAGAAGCUCGGUGAGCGCUGCCCAGAUAGAAAAGGAGCCAUAAUAUGGUAUGAUAAUUGCAUGUUAAAGUACUCAGAUGUGAAUUUCGUUGGCCAAAUUGAUAACGCAAACAGGUUCUAUAUGUGGAAUGUUCAAGAAGUAGAUAACCCUACACCUUUCAAUGAGAAGGUUAAAGAAUUAUUAAGUGGAUUAUCUACUACAGCUUCUUCUUCUAAUCCAAAGCUCUAUGCUACUGGCGAGGUGGAGCUCGAUAAAUCAACCAAGCUAUAUGGUUUAGUUCAAUGCACGAGGGAUCUAUCUGAACCGGAUUGCAAGAAGUGUCUUGAUGGCGCAAUAAGCGAACUGCCAAACUGUUGUGAUGCAAAGCAGGGUGGGCGGGUUGUGGGCGGGAGUUGUAACUUUAGAUACGAAAUUUACCCUUUUGUUGAUUCUUAAAUAUUAGAUCAUGUACUAAUAAAUUAAUAUAAGUAUUAAGUAAUGUAUUAUGAUACUGAGUUCCACCCAGUAUCAUGUAAUAAAUGAAGUACUUACAUAGAACUUCUCGCAA